AUGCUUGACGAAAACCUCCCCACCUUCUUCUUCAAAGCGUCGACCGAUACCCCUCUCUCCACUCCCAUCUUCCUCCGUCAGGAUGGCUCCGACCUUCAACCCGAAUACCUCUUCCGCAGACCCGAUACCAAUCUGCCAGCCUCGAAAAAUUGUUACGCCGUCGCUCUCUACGAUUCCUGCAAUCCCGACGUCCUCUAUGCUGAAGUAUUAGUCCAGCCAGAAUGGACGCAACCCACUCUCUCCCAGGCCGAAGUUCGAGCCCAGAAUGGCAUUCCUCCCCCGCCCGUCCCAAUCGUGCCGAAUAGUUUCACAAUCCAAUUAUACAAUCCAGAUCAGCAAGUGUUGGUGAAGCAAAUCUCGGGUUCGUGGAAUAGUUCGGCGUAUUGGGAAUUUGAGAUGCCUCAAAUUAGUUUCCGGGCCCCGUCGGCGUCAGCGCUCGAUCGCAGUCAGAGUGAUCCUGCAUUCUCGGAUUUCACACCGAAAGUGGCGUUUAAGUGGAAGAAAGAUGGGAAGUUCUCGAAAGAUUUGUCCUGCUUCCUAUCCGGAAAGACGGCAGAAGGGAAAAGAAACAAGGAGCCGGAUAUUCCAGUGGCUAUGUUUAAAGGGGGUAAAGAUCUUACCAUUUACCAACCCAACAUGCAUCGAGUUGAUGUUGAAGAUUUCAAAGGUCUGGAAGUCGUACUUUUAUUAUCGGCUGCAGUGAUUAAGGAUAUAUUCUUCAAUGCCAGUCGCGAAAUGUUUAAUAUCAGUUCACCCAAUGAAACUCCGGGGGCGUUGCGCAAACGCAACAAUAGCGGUCCCGUCAUUCGAGAAAAUGGUAGGCCUUCUAUAUCUCCCGUGAUGUCUGGGGGAAUCAUGCCCGGUCUUCCGCCCCGUCGUACUUCGCAUCCGCUUCCGACGGGUCCCUCUCCGCCACCGACAGUAAAUGCACGCACGCAGUGGGAAAUUGACGCCGAAACCGCGCGUUUAAAAGCGUUGGUGGAAGCUGAGGAGCGGGAACGUCAGCACAUGGAAUUAUUAGAAGAGAAGCGGAUCAAGAAGAUGUUGGAGCAGGAAGAAAAGGAACAGCGGAGAAGAGACGCCGAGAUUGCAAAGGAGACGGAGCGGUUAAGGAAACAGUAUGGUGUUAUGCCUGUGAAUGAGAAUAUGAAUGCGAAUCCAGGACAGAGAGUUCAGUUUGCGCCGCAGCAGAUGCCGCAGAGACCGACGAUUACAACGCCGUAUAGUGCGCCUUAUAGUGCGCCCAUGCCGGCGAGACCCAUGAGUACCGGGCCCGGUCCGGCGGGUUAUGCGAUGGGGACGGGGAGCGGAUUUGCUGGGGCGGGUGGUCCUUCUUCGUCGUCGCAGGCGAGACCGCAAGCGCAGAUCAAUAGUCCUUAUUUGCAAGCGCCGGGGAGUGGGACGGCUAGCUCGAGCGGAUUUUUUGGUGGGAAGAAGAUGACGAAGAUGCAGAAGAAGAGGAGUGUUUUCUUCUAA